UCUCUUUGUUUUUCUUUCUCCUCCUCCCCCGUCUUCGUCUUCAACGACUGGAACGAAACUAAUCUCCCUUUCUUCAACUUCAGAGAUCUCGUUAAUGGCAGCCGCAGCAGCACUUCCUUCUCCUCGCGAGGAGAAUGUUUACAUGGCAAAACUCGCUGAACAGGCCGAGCGGUAUGAAGAGAUGGUCCAGUUCAUGGAGAAGGUCACGGCUAACGCCGAGUCCGAGGAGCUAACCAUCGAGGAGCGUAACCUUCUCUCCGUCGCUUACAAGAAUGUAAUCGGCGCUCGCCGUGCUUCUUGGCGUAUCAUAUCUUCGAUCGAACAGAAGGAGGAGAGCCGUGGUAACGAGGAUCAUGUUGUCACGAUCCGUGACUACAGAUCUAAGAUCGAGUCCGAGCUUUCUUCGAUCUGUGACGGUAUCUUGCGUCUCCUUGAUUCUAGACUCAUUCCUUCUGCCUCUUCUGGUGAUUCCAAGGUAUUUUACCUUAAGAUGAAGGGCGAUUAUCAUCGCUACCUUGCUGAGUUUAAGACUGGUGCGGAGCGCAAAGAGGCCGCCGAGAGCACCCUCUCUGCUUAUAAGUCAGCGCAGGAUAUUGCAGUUGCAGAACUAGCUCCGACCCAUCCGAUCCGUCUGGGGCUGGCUCUUAACUUCUCUGUCUUCUACUACGAGAUCUUGAAUUCUCCUGACAGAGCCUGUAAUCUUGCUAAACAGGCAUUUGAUGAAGCCAUUGCGGAGCUGGAUACGUUGGGAGAGGAGUCCUACAAGGACAGCACUCUGAUCAUGCAGCUUCUCCGUGACAACCUUACUUUGUGGACAUCCGAUAUGCAGGAUGAUGGCCCUGAUGAGAUCAAAGAAGCACCCAAGCGUGAGGAAGAACAGUAGUGAAGUAAUUCAUGUUCUGAUUUUAGUAUCUCAUCGUCUCCAUUUGUUUUUUAAUGGGAGAAGGGGCUUGGUGCCAGCUACUUUUGAGUUUGUUCAUUUGUGUUUUUUAUAUUUGAUGUGUUUCUAAUUGUUUCCUAUCUUUGAAGAGUUUGGAGUUUAUGUUUGCAUUAAACAUAUCAGAGCCUUGAUUUCUA